AGCCUGCUCAAGGUAAAUCGAAGGGGUGGGAACAGCAUGAGAUGGCCCUUUGUCUCCGAGACUUUAGACGGAGCAGGAAUUGGGAACAAAUUGGCCCUGGUUUGGAGCCACAACCCUGCUGCUUGUUCUCUGUGUGAUCCCAGGCAAAUAGAUGCGUCUUUCUGAAAAAGCCUCCUCAAAAGAUGUUGUCAGACAGCUGUGUCAAGAAAGCUUUUCCAGUUCAGCCCUUGGCUCAAAAAAACUCUUGGAUAUUACAUGUUCCAGCUUGUCUGUGACCCAGGAGGAGGCAGAGGAACUGCUCCAGGCUCUGCACCGCCUCACUAGGUUGGUGGCAUUCCGUGACUUGUCUUCUGCCGAGGCGAUUCUGGCUCUCUUUCCAGAAAAUUUCCACCAAAACCUCAAAAACCUACUGACAAAGAUCAUCCUAGAACAUGUGUCUACUUGGAGAACCGAAGCCCAGGCAAAUCAGAUCUCUCUGCCACGCCUGGUGGAUCUGGACUGGAGAGUGGAUAUCAAAACCUCCUCAGACAGCAUCAGCCGCAUGGCCGUCCCCACCUGCCUGCUCCAGAUGAAGAUCCAGGAAGAUCCCAGCCUAUGUGGAGACAAACCCUCCAUCUCAGCUGUCACCAUGGAGCUGAGCAAAGAAACACUGGAUACCAUGUUAGAUGGCCUGGGCCGCAUCCGAGAUCAGCUCUCUGCCGUGGCCAGUAAAUGAUCCAGCCAGCUGCCAGUGCCACUGCCAUGACCCAGUUGCUCAUGAGCGACAGAAGUCUCCCACAUGCAGGAUGCCCUUGCAGCUGCAGCUGAUAACAGGCAGGAUGGUGGGGAUAGCAGGGGACUACUGCCAUCCAGAAGUUACAGUUGGAUUGAGAGGAAGCAGCCAGACCCCCUGCUGUUCUCCUCACGCAUCUUUCUCUUGAAGCUGGAGAGCAGAAGCUCCCAUCUUUGAAAAGCUCCUGAGUACAACUUCAUUACCACCAUGGCCAAGUGAGGGAACAUUUGCAUCCUCAGUUGCCUCUGUAUAUAGCUCUUUGGGAAAUUCAGGCCCAAAUCAUGCAGCUUAUCCAAUAAGUUUAUUUCCAACAUUAGCUCUAAUUAGUUCAUUUCCAGUCCCAGAAUACAUGGAGGGAAUCAGGCAGGUGAUGCCACCAGUUCCCCCUCUGUCAGAGCUCUAAGCCAGGAAGAACCCACAGAGCAUGGUCUAUCCAGAGUGUCCCCUGAUCUCCCUCCACCCCACGGGACCCCUUCUUUAGUGUAGGAAGUCUGAAAUGGGUGCUAAUUCCCUUCUUCAUGAAACCAGGGCCCCCUUUCUUCAUAUAAUGCAGCCACUCCUGGGGGAAGAAGUGGGAAAAAUUGGAAAUAAACAAUAGUUCUAAAACUUC